AGAGGGAGAGAAAAGGAGUGCAGGAGGGACGUGGGGGGAUAAAGGCUGCGUGUCUGUUUUGCAGAUGAGUAUGUCCUCAUGGCGGUCUGAUUUUGACCAGUGAGGAUCUCUUUUUUUUGUGUGUUUUUUUGUUGUUGAAGCAAUUUCUCAUUUGUACACAAUCUGUGCUUCUGGAUUUUUGUCAUUCUACAUUGGACUGGAGUUGGUUAAGGAUGUUGAGUCCUCUCAUGCUAAAAUUGGAGUUAUUGUCUUGAGUUCCUUGGUCGAGAGCUGCGUCAAAGGAGUGUUUGUUCAAGAUUCAAUGCAAGGUCACUUCAUUGACCAUCCUCUGUGGAUCUCUAGUCACUGCGGACAUUCUGAACGAAGCAAGAUUAGCUACGGAAUCUUUGACUUUGUCCUUCCUUUGGAGAUGACACGCAUGUACAUGCAUACUUCAAACACACUCUCCUACUCUGAAUGACUCUGCACUCUUUCCUCGCGCACGGAAUCCCUGGAAGAUGUGUGUGCAGUAGUUCCUGUGAACCGUGCUAGUCUGAUGGAUUCAGGAAUUCUCUCCUGCUCACAUCCUCAUCGGACAUUCCCUGGAAGCCUAAGUCUUUGAAGGCCUUUUUAACCUCUAAAGACCUCCGUAAACUGCACAACCGGACGUCAUCUUCCCGUAAACUCCCAACACACUCCCGACAAUGUCUGAGGCUGAUAUCAUCACUGCUGUAUUCUAGUACGCUCUCAUUCCCAACCAACGUCAGACUGCUCUCUGAGACGAUUCUCCGUGGAACUCCGGCAGGAUUUGCCUUGUUGAGCUGUGUGGUUUGGUUGUAACUGCAGGGUUCACGUUCCUCUUGUUGGCACAUGCCUGUUACCCUGCAGGUCAAAGGCUGGAAUGUCCUGAGUCAGUCCCCUGGGCCCAGAGAAGAACUCCCAGCAGCAGCAGCGGCAGCCAGCGCUGAUGGGACCUGCUGCUCCAGUAUGAGCCUUCAAGAUGCCGGCUGCGGCUAUGCUAGCACCAACGCUAACGCCAAUGUGGCGGCUAACACGGCUAGCGGCAGCAUGCGGCGGCGCCUGGAGGACCAGGAGUUCACUCUGCGCGUCUACCCGGGCGCCCUGGCUGAGGGAACCAUCUACUGCCCCGUGGGCGCCCGCAAGAGCACCACGGCUGCCGAGGCCAUCGAUCAUCUGCUGGAGCGCCUGAGCCUGGAUGGCACCAAAUGCUACGUGUUAGCUGAGGUGAAGGAGUUCGGCGGGGAGGAGUGGAUACUUAACCCCAGCGACUGCCCCGUCCAGCGGAUGAUGCUGUGGCCCCGCAAUGCCCUGGAGAACCGCUGCGGCCUGGGCAGUGGCGAGGACUACCGCUUCCUGCUCCGCGAGAAGAACCUGGACGGCUCCAUCUAUUAUGGGGGGAGUCUCCAGAUGUGGCUGCUUGUGACCGAGGAGCGCCGCCGCAUGGUGGAACGGGGUUUCCUGCCCCAGCCCGCAGGGGGCGAGCACCCUUCCGACCUGUGCGCUCUCCCCGAGCUGACGGAGCGCGCCCUGCUGGAGAGCCUGCGUGCGCGCUUCCGCCAGGAGAAGAUCUACACCUACGUCGGCUCCAUCCUCAUCGUCAUUAACCCUUUCCAGUUCCUACCCAUCUACAACCCCAAGUAUGUCAAGAUGUACGACAACCAUGCACUGGGCAAGCUGGAGCCGCACAUCUACGCGGUGGCGGACGUGGCGUACCACGCCAUGCUGCAGCGACGGAGGAACCAGUGCAUCGUCAUAUCCGGCGAGAGCGGCUCGGGGAAGACUCAGAGCACCAACUUCCUGAUUCAUCACCUGACCGCCCUCAGCCAGAAGGGAUUUGCCAGCGGGGUGGAGCAGAUCAUCCUGGGGGCGGGGCCUGUGUUAGAGGCAUUUGGGAACGCCAAGACAGCUCACAACAACAACUCCAGCCGCUUUGGCAAGUUCAUCCAGGUCAACUACCAGGAGAGUGGUACCGUCCGGGGAGCGUACGUGGAGAAGUACCUUCUAGAGAAGUCACGUCUGGUCUACCAGGAGCACAAUGAAAGGAACUACCAUGUGUUCUACUACCUGUUGGCUGGAGCCAGUGAGGAGGAGAGGAAGGCCUUCCACCUGCUCAAACCUGAGGAGUACCACUACCUCAACCAGAUGACAAAGAAAUCUCACAGACUCCACUGGGAAAAUUACUAUGAGAGCGAGCUGCAGGACUGCUUCACUGUGGAAGGGGAGGACCUGAAGCACGACUUUGAGCGGCUGCAGUUGGCUAUGGAGAUGGUGGGGUUCCUGCCUGCCACACGCAAACAGAUCUUCUCCCUGCUGUCUGCUAUCCUCCACCUGGGCAACAUCCGCUACAGGAAGAAGUCCUACAGGGACGACUCCAUAGACAUCUGUAACCCAGAGGUGCUGCCCACCGUCUCGGAGCUGCUCGAGGUGAAGGAGGAGAUGCUGUUCGAGGCUCUGACCACCAGGAAGACUGUCACGGUGGGAGAGCGGCUGAUCGUGCCAUACAAACUGGCAGAGGCUGGCACCGUGCGGGACUCCAUGGCCAAAUCCCUGUAUAGCGCCCUGUUUGACUGGAUCGUCUUCAGGACCAACCAUGCCCUGCUCAACAACAAAGACCUGGAGGACAGUGCCAAGAUUCUUUCAAUUGGAGUGCUGGACAUCUUUGGCUUUGAAGACUACGAGAACAACAGCUUUGAGCAGUUCUGCAUCAACUUUGCCAACGAGAGGCUCCAACACUACUUUAACCAGCACAUCUUUAAGCUAGAACAAGAGGAGUACAGGGCAGAGGGCAUCAGCUGGCACAACAUCGACUACAUCGACAACACCGGCUGCAUCAACCUCAUCAGCAAGAAGCCCACUGCGUUGCUCCACCUGCUGGAUGAAGAGUGCAAUUUUCCCCAGGCCUCUAACCAGACCCUGCUGGACAAGUUCAAGCGGCAGCACGAGGGGAACAGCUACAUCGAGUUCCCCGCAGUCAUGGAGCCGGCCUUCAUCAUCCACCACUACGCCGGCAAGGUCAAAUACGGGGUCAAGGACUUCAGGGAGAAGAACACGGACCACAUGCGUCCGGACAUCGUGGCCCUGUUGAAGAGCAGUAAGAACGCCUUCAUUUGUGGCCUGAUGGGCAUUGACCCCGUGGCCACCUUCCGCUGGGCCGUGCUCAGAGCCUACUUCAGAGCCAUGGUGGCCUUCAGGGAGGCCGGGAAGAGACACACCGACAAAAAGACUGGGAAUGACGCUGCUGUACCAUGUGUCGUCAAGAGCGUGGACAGCUUCAGCUUCCUCCACCACCCUGUGCACCAGAGGAGCCUGGAGAUCCUGCAGAGAUGCAAAGAUGAGAAAUACAGUAUCGCUAGAAAGAAUCCCCGGACCCCCUUGUCAGACAUCCAUGGCACCAACACACUGAACGAGAAAUCCGGCAGGGAUGGUUAUGGUGUGGGCUGUAACGGGCGUAGCUCCAUACAGGGUCGUCUGUCUUCCUCAGGCUCGGAGUUCGAUGACGGCGUCUUCGUCAACUCCACUAGCAGCAAGCUCCUGGAGAGAGCACAGGGCAUCCUCAUGCGGAACAAAAACUAUAAGUCCAAGCCCUGCCUACCGAAGCACCUGCUGGAUGUGAAGUCUCUGAGGUACCUGAGCAGUGUGACCCUCCACGACCGCAUCACCAAGUCCCUCCUCCACCUGCACAAGAAGAAGAAACCGCCCAGCAUCAGCGCCCAGUUCCAGGCCUCCCUGAACAAGCUGAUGGAGACCCUGGGUCAUUCGGAGCCCUACUUUGUCAAGUGUAUCCGCUCCAAUGCAGAGAAGCUCCCACUGCGUUUCAACGAUGCCCUGGUGCUCAGGCAGCUGAGGUACACAGGCAUGCUGGAGACGGUCCGCAUCCGCCAAUCAGGAUACUCCAUCAAAUACACCUUCCUGGACUUUGUGCGUCACUUCCGUGUGCUGUUACCAGACAGAACUAGACCAACCAAGUCUGGCAUCCGGGAGUUCUUUCGUCAGGUCCACCUAGCUCCUGCUGGGUAUCAAGUGGGCAACACAAUGGUGUUCUUGCGGGAGGCAGAGCGGCAGCGGCUGCAGGCCCUGCUCCACACGGAGGUGCUGCGGUGCAUCGUCACGCUGCAGCGCCGCUUUCGAGCCCGGCUGGAGAGGAAACACUUCAUCAGGAUGCGACAGGCCACUGAUGUCAUCCAGAGGUGGUGGCGGGGCUGCCUGCUCAGACAGUCGGAGGCGGCAGUGGACCCAGCCGUCCAGGAGGAGGCAGCAGUGUGCCUGCAGGCAGCAUGGAAGGGCUACAGGGAGCGCAGGCUGUUCCUGCAGUGGCAGGACUCUGCCCUGAUAAUACAGAGGAGCUGGAGAAACAUCAGCCGGCGCAGGGUUCUGGCAGCCAUUACGGUGCAGACAGCUUGGCGGGCCUACAGAGAGAGAGCCCACAAUUGUAGGACACACAGUGCCGCGACACUGCUACAGGCAACAGUUAGGGGCUACCUGGCACGCCUAAGGUUCACAGAACUAAAAGAGCAGAGUAUGCAUGAAAAGCAGUUGCUCAAUGGACAAAGGAGCCCCACCACAGAAGAAAGAAAGCCAGAGAGGACCAUUGGCCUGGAUACUGACACCUCGGACGAACAGGUCCUCGAGAUCAACCACAAUCAUGACAUCCAAGAUGUCUCCACAGUCUGGCCUACUGAAGACUCUAAGGAGUCUAAGUCAGCGUGUUUAGUGAAGGAGGAGGAAGAAGGAGAGAGCGAGAGAAGCCAGAGUAUAGAGGAGCCCAACUGCCACAAGACACGGGCCAAGAGACAGAGCCGGCGCAUGAGGGAGCUGGAGCAGGCCCAGUUCAGCCUGGAGCUACUCAAGGUGCGGACCCACAGCACAGGAGGGACUCUGCAAGAGGAGGAGACCCCUGUACCCCCAUGUCCGGACAGCACCCCCUGUCCCCUGGACGACCACCAGCCCUCCUCGCCCCACCGGUGCUUCCCCGUUAGCCACGGGAGCUUUGAACUGCUCGACACCACCAUGGAUGUGGAGGCGGGAAGGCCUGGUUACCCCGGUUGCCAUGCUACCCAGUCCACGCCGCUCCGGACCUCUUCCCAAGAGGAUUUGAAUGGACCAAGGUCUCCAGAGUCCCAGCCCCAGCCACAGAAUGACCUGGAGGUGGUAAAUGAGAAUGAUCCAAGCCCCAGGAUGGAGGAACUACCUAUCAAGGAGGUGGUGGCAGAGGAUCCACAAGCUACCUUCUAUAUCCCCUCUGAGGACCAAAGCCACGAGCCCAAGCAAGAGAGCCCAGGCAAGCCCGUGAAGGAGAGGCGAGAGUCCGCCUUACGAAGGCCCGUGGUUGUGGUCAUCAGCAUGCAGAAGGAGACCCCUCUGGAGGGGGAGCUGUGGGCGGCGCCAGCCCAAGAGCGUGCACUCCAGACAGGUGUGACCACCACUGCCUCCCGCCUUACACCCAUCGCCGGCCUGGAAGUAUCAGAGAAGGCCCAGCCACCCAGGACUGUUUCCCAGCCUCGGAGAGACUUAGCUGGGGUAGACGGGUCUAGCUUGGUCCCCUCCUCCACCUCCACCCAUGGCCUUUGUCCUUCUGAGGUAGACAUCCAGAUAGUCCCCGAGCCCAAGGCCCCAUCCGGUGAAGUCCUACCCAGCCAGAUGGAGAGGAAGGCAGGCUGGCCGGUGCAGGACAACUGGGUCUCCACCAACAGUAUCUUGGAGAGCAGGGAAGUUUCCACCAAAGCAGCAGCCAAGGCACCACAGAAGAAGAGCCCGACCCAGACCAUCAUUGUCAGUAUGACCGAGAAGCCCCCCACCAACACCACAUUCUGCUCCCGACGCAAGCUCCCCUUCUCCAAGUCUGAUAAGGACCUGGUGAACCAGGAGCGGUCGUUGGCCAUGCAUAGACAGGAGGCCUCCGCCUCUAGAGCCACCGCUGGACAGAGAACCAAAGAGGUGGGCCGGCCCGGCCCCAAAAAGAAAGCCCGUAUGUCUCGGACCCGCUCUGACUUCCUGACCCGCUGUAACUCCGAGGGGGCGGGCCAGUCGGACGAUGACGACGUCGACACAUUCUACACCCCCGCCCUGUCCUGCACGCUGCCCCUCCUCCCCCCGCCCCCCCUGACCCACCCCAAGGGGGGCACUGAGCCGGCCUGUUACAGUGACUCUGAAAUGGCUUCUCACAAGGAAGAGCAUAAGAAGUUCCACAAGACUAUGUCUUCAGGGGACCUGGGCAAGGUAGCAGCGCUUGGGAAGACAUCCAGUCAGGAUGGAAGCAGAGUGCGAGGGAAGAUGCGUUUCUGGGGCAAGGCCAAGCAUGCAGAGAAGAAGCUGUCCAGAGAGAAGCAGCAGACCACCAGGAGUGAGUCCACACAGGGAGACUGCACCGACAAGACAGAUGGCACGUCAUCUCCCCCCCACAGUCCCGACCUGACUGCAACCAGGGGCCGGGAUUCCAAGGAGAACAAGGACCCCUCUCCCAAAGUGAGGCGGAGACGCAGCGUCAAGAUCAGCAGCGUGGCCCUAGAGCCUGCCCAGUGGCAGAACGAUGCUCUGCACAUCCUCACCAACGCCCAUGACUACAGGAGCAUGAAUGACUUCCUCAUGAAGAAGAUCAAUGACCUGGACUCUGAGGACGGCAAGAAGGACACCUUGGUGGACGUGGUCUUCAAGAAGGCUCUGAAGGAGUUCCGCCUCAACAUAUUCAACUCCUACUCGACCGCUCUGGCUAUGGAUGACGGUAAGAGUAUCCGCUAUAAGGACCUGUACGCCCUGUUUGAACACAUCCUGGAGAAGAGCAUGCGGCUGGAGCAGAGGGACUGGAGCGAGUCGCCCGUCAAGGUCUGGGUCAACACCUUCAAGGUCUUCCUGGAUGAGUUCAUGACCGAGUACAAGCCCAUGGACAGCACCAUCGGCAAGGCCCCCAAACCAGAACGCAAGAAGAGGAGGAAAAAGGAACCUGACAUUGUUGAGGAGCACAAUGGGCACAUCUUCAAGUCCACCCAGUACAGCAUCCCCACCUACUGCGAAUACUGCUCCUCUCUUAUCUGGAUGAUGGACCGGGCCUGCGUUUGCAAACUGUGUCGGUACGCCUGCCAUAGAAAGUGCUGCUCUAGGAUGACCACGAAAUGUAGCAAAAAGUACGACCCGGAACUGUCGUCCAGGCAGUUUGGCGUGGAGCUGUCUCGUCUGACCAGCGAGGAGAGGACAGUGCCCCUGGUGGUGGAGAAGCUCAUCAACUACAUUGAGAUGCACGGCCUCUACACCGAGGGCAUCUUCAGGAAGUCUGGCUCCACCAAUAAGAUCAAGGAGCUCCGGCAGGGGCUGGACACAGAUGUGAGCAGCAUGAACUUGGACGAUUACAACAUCCACGUCAUUGCCAGCGUGCUCAAACAGUGGCUCCGCGACCUGCCCAACCCUCUGAUGACCUUUGAACUAUACGAGGAGUUCCUCCGAGCCAUGGGCCAGCCAGACAAGCGGGAGGUGAUCCGUGGGGUGUACUCUGUGAUUGACCAGCUCAGCCGAACCCACCUGAGCACCCUGGAGCGCCUCAUCUUCCACCUGGUCAGGAUCACUCUGCAAGAGGACACCAAUCGUAUGUCGGCCAACGCCCUGGCCAUAGUUUUCGCCCCCUGCAUCCUCCGCUGCCCCGACACCAUCGACCCCCUGCAGAGUGUCCAGGACAUCGGCAAGACCACCGCGUGUGUGGAGCUGAUCAUUGGAGAGCAGAUGAAUAAGUACAGGGCCAGACUGAAGGACAUCAACAGUCUGGAGUUUGCUGAGAACAAGGCCAAGAGCAGACUGACACACAUCAGGAGGUCCAUGAAACCUGUACUAAUCGCUGUUAGGUUUAUUGGCAUAACCCGCACAGCCACCCCGGGCAAAGGUGGUCUUCGGAGGGGUAGCAGCCACCACACGCCCUCCCCACCCCUCAGCCCCAGAGCGGUCCCGGUGGACGGGGACAGUGCUGGGGAGGAGGGGGCAGAGCCAGGGCUGACGGAACAGCAGCAGGCCGCCAUGCAGCAAGAGGAGAGGGUCCUCACCGAGCAGAUCGAGAGCCUGCAGAGAGAGAAGGAGGAGUUGACAUACGAGAUGUUGAUGUUGGAGCCGCGGGCGUCUGAUGAUGAGACUCUGGAGUCGGAGGCCUCGAUAGGAACAGCAGACAGCUCUGAGAACCUCAGCAUGGACCAUGAGGGAGCCGCCUCCAACCCCUCUGGCACCUACCACUCCCGGAAGCCUGAGGCCAAGAGCCGCCGCGGCCUCCGGAGACAACCCGACUCUGUGGACUCGGUCGACUCCAUCUUGUCCACCGCCUCUUCCUCGCUCUCCUCCUCCUCCUACCACCCCUCCUCCUCGGUUAUCCCUCCUUCCCCCAACUACCGCUUCCGCUCCUCCUCAUCUGGCCCCCUGCUCGCCUCCUGCUCAUCGGGCCUAGGAGUCCCCGUAGUGCAGUCUGAGGGGGACCCGAGGGGCACUGUGGGGGUGAAGAGUCGCCACCGCCUCCGGCUGAGUAGGAGCUCGCCGCGUGAAGCCCCCGAAGGCCACAGGAGGGAGUCUGACUUCAGCUCGCCGCCCCAACAGCUGGUUCUGUAUGGCAGUAACGAGUUUAUGGUGUGAGGGAGAGUGGCGGAGAGACGAGACAUCCGAACCGCCUUCUAUCCCCCAUGCCGAUAGAAUGUGUAUGAGGGAGGGAGGAAGGGAGUGAAACAAGGCUGGAAUGGGCCAUGUAGGCAUCCGUCUCUCACUUCUGUCCUCCCCUAGCUGUUCUCACCUCUCUACUUCUUCCCUGUGCCAGUCUUGCCUUGGAGGUCUGCCGCCGUCCCACGAUGCAGUUGGGCGCCAUCCGCUUGGUGGGAGUGGGCUGAGAGUGAAGUGAAAGAUGAACGGAGAGGGAGAAAGAGAGAUGGGAUGAAUGAAUGAAAGAAAUAGGAAGCCUCGGGAACUAAGAUGGAGGCAUGUCAGGAGGCUGUAGAGGAAUAAAUGGGCGAGAGAGAGAGACGGAGAGUGAGGAAAAGGAUGAGGGCGGCUGCCUUGACUCACCUGUCUUUUUUAACUUUGACCUCCAAGCCCCUUGACCCCUGCUGGAGCCUCAGGGGCACGGAGGGGCUGGAGAAAAUGAAAAUAAAUAGAAGCGCUACAGCGGCCAUCUUUUGAGUGGAGGUCUAAAGUGGUUUGAGCCACUCAAAAGCAGAGUAACUGACUGAGAGGACUGUCCACCAUUUUGAUAAACACUCAGCUACUCUCACAUCUGCUUUCAAGUUUACACGAUACAGCCUCUCCACAAGGCUGCAUGCUCCUUCAUUACACUUGUUUCCUAUGCCUGUUCAAGAGACUACUGUGGUGAUGUGUUAUAAACAUGUAAUAUGACAUUAUUAUUAUUAAUAUGUUAUUAAAAAUAUGUAAAUAGAAGGAACUCCAGUGCUACUGGGUCGUCCAGUGUUUAUAAUAACUGUGUCUUGUCAGGAGUCUUUUGCAAAGUGAAGUGUAUGGGAUUCAGGUUAUGGUUUUGUUUGUCGUUUUGUUUUGUUGAUUUUUAACAAGGUCUGUGCUAUCUGGGAUCUUUGGGACGUCCCUACCCUAAACACUAACCCUAACUAUAACCGUAAACCUUACCGAAACGUAACCAUUCUUUUUAUUUCAACUUCAAUGGGGGGGGGUAGGGACGUCCCAAGGAUCCCAGAUAGCACAUACCAUUUUAACCGAGCCACUUGAUGUGUUCAGUUGGUGCCACUUCUUCUCAUGUGAAAUAAUACAUGUGGUGCAACAAGGGAUUGACUUUCAGACACUUACGAUCAUCACAGCACUGUUGCCAUUGUGUUUGACACCGCGACUGCUGUGUUCAAUGUUUAUCAGCCAUAAUGUAUUGUAAUGCCUUUCUCCUCCAUCCGUCGUUUGUCUGCCCGUCCCCCCCCCCACACACAAUUCUACGUUGUUCUGAGACAUCAGUGUUAAGAACCAAAUCAGGACUUGAAUUUAUUUUGUCUCUUUAUUGGUGUAUCAUUAUUGUUGUUGUUAUAGUUGCCAUUGAGGCUAUUGUCCUCUUUUUGUUGUAACAGCUUUACUUGCGUGGUAAGGGGGAUUUUGUUGAGACUAAAUACAUUUUUUAUCGCCUAUCUGUACCAAGAGGUGUGUGUGUGUGUGUGUGGUUGGUUGGUUAUCACUACUGCUCUGUUCAUUUGAUGUCAACACAGUCCAACCUUGACAGACAGACAGACAGACAGACACACACACACACACACGCAGUCCUCUGCUAUGUAUGUCCCAUACAACCUUUGAGCCAGCCAAAUCCUUCGCCUCUGAUUUUGACAUUGGUUAAAAUAUGAACGAACCUUUCCAUCCACUUCACUACCGGGCUUUCCUGAACAGUAGCAUUUACUCCAUGCUAAAUGUGUAUUUAAAUGCCUCGCAGAGAAAAGGCAAUCAGUUUCAAUUGUCCAGUGUGUUUCAACAGAAGAUAACUAUCUCUGGUACUGUAAGAUAAAUACCGCUGUACUCUCUCUCUAUACCGUGCAAUAUCCUAUGUGCCCUGUAGGGGGACCUGUCUGUCUAUCUAUCUAUCUCUUCUCACCAGUACUUAACCUGGAGUUAAAUCAGUAUUAUAGUCUUGCCAUUCCUGUACUGUACUUGCCAGCCAAUGCAAUACAACAAGGACACAUCUGAAACAACACAAUCAAAGUCUUGACAUAGAGAAGGUGUAGGACUUGAUCGCAGAAUAGUCGUCAUAAUGAAUAGGGAAUUUCAUGUAGCCUAUGUGUUUUGUCACAAGCUUGCCUCUUCUUCAGUGUGCGUUGUUCCAUCCAGAUUCUCCACUGUGUCCCGAAACCGGUAGAGACUUCACUUGCUGCUUGUUGUCUACUAUUCGGGUGAAGCAGCUGAACCAUGGUGGUAUUUUAGGGAGCAGGCGCCUCUAUUCAGUCACAACCAAACCUGGGUUGUAUGCAUUAGGCACCGAAUGAAAGAAAACUGACUGAAACAGGAAGGGACUACCCGAACUGACUACCAAUAAGAACGGCUUGUUUUUGUUUUACGUCUCAACGCUUUUUGCUACGGUGUGCCCUAAUGAAUACGACCCUGGUUAUCAGAAAGAGCACUCAGAAGUUCAGUUUCGAGAGGGGAGCACCGAGGGUUGUUGAGGGGCGUGGGAGAAAAUAACCAUUCAUGCUGGUCAAAAACCCACACUAAGCACGGUAUUUGUACACCCUAAGGCUGGCAUUGGCGUCCUGCUAAAGUGAAUGUACCGAUCACUGGAAGGCAAUGCUCUGCUUUCUCUUGUUGUUUUGUUGUUAUUUUUUAUAUACAGUAUGUAUAUUGUAUUUAUGAUCAUGCUUACGAGUGUACAUUGAAGAGGGGGGGAGAAAAAAGCCUGUAAUUAAAAGGAUAUAUUAUCCUGUGUAUGACUCCUUCUAUAAUAUUAAUCAUAUUUAAUGUUUUUUUACAGGCUCAAAAAAAAAACUGUCAUGUUUGUGCUACAGCAAAAAUCCAACUUGAGCAAUUGUAUCUUUUUGUGUGUGUGCUACUCUGGACACAGUUGUAUGUAUAAGGUGCAAUUUGUCUAAUAUUUCUUUUUUUUAUUAUAUAAAUUAUAUGUCUAUGGUAAAAAUUAAAAAUAAACAAAUUUAUGGGGGAAAAAAAUAAUGUGCUUAUUAAAAAUGCCAAACUGUUGUGAAUUGUGUGAUUAAAAUACAGUGCAUUCAGA